GCCUCCCCCGCCGCGCCCCCGCCCGCCCCGCCGCCCGCCGCGCCCCGCCCGCCCGGCCCCGCGCGCAUCGGCUACUACGAGGUGGAGCGCACCAUCGGCAAGGGCAACUUCGCCGUCGUCAAGCUGGCCACGCACCUCGUCACGCGCGCCAAGGUUGCCAUAAAGAUCAUCGACAAGACACAGCUGGAUGAAGAGAACCUCAAGAAGAUCUUCAGAGAAGUUCAGAUCAUGAAGCUGCUCUGUCAUCCGCACAUCAUCAGGCUGUAUCAGGUAAUGGAGACGGAACGGAUGAUUUAUCUGGUAACAGAAUAUGCCAGUGGAGGGGAAAUAUUUGAUCAUUUGGUAGCCCACGGGCGAAUGGCUGAAAAAGAGGCCCGGAAGAAGUUCAAGCAGAUCGUAGCAGCCGUCCACUUCUGCCACUGUCGGAAUAUUGUCCACAGAGACCUGAAGGCUGAGAAUCUGCUUCUGGAUGCAAAUCUGAACAUCAAAAUAGCAGACUUUGGAUUCAGUAAUAUCUUCACCCCUGGCCAGCUGCUGAAGACCUGGUGUGGAAGUCCCCCUUAUGCUGCCCCGGAGCUCUUUGAAGGGAAGGAGUAUGAUGGACCGAAGGUGGACAUUUGGAGCCUUGGCGUGGUGCUCUAUGUGCUGGUCUGUGGGGCCCUGCCUUUCGAUGGGAGCACACUGCAGAACCUGCGGGCGAGGGUGCUGAGUGGGAAGUUUCGCAUUCCAUUUUUCAUGUCCACAGAGUGUGAGCACCUGAUCCGCCACAUGCUGGUGUUGGACCCCAGUAGGCGGCUCUCCAUGGAACAGAUCUGCAAACACAAGUGGAUGAAACUUGGAGAGGUGGAUGCCGAAUUUGACGCACUCAUAGCGGAGUGCCAUCAUCUGAAGGUCGAGAGGCAGCUGGAGCCCCUGAAUGACGAGGUGCUGCUGGCCAUGGCAGAGAUGGGGCUGGAUAAGGAGCGAACCCUCCAGUCCUUGCAGACAGAUGCCUACGAUCACUACAGUGCAAUCUACAGCUUGCUUUGUGACCGCUUGAAGAGGCACAAGAACUUGCGCAUCCCGGCUACUCCGAGCCUGCCCCGGACCAUGCCCUUCCCUGCACCAGCAAGCCUCCAGGUUGGCCUGGCGUGGGUGGAGCUGCCUGCCUUGUGUGCAGAGCAGGCAAGCAAUACAGUGAGCAUCAAUGUGCCCCAGGUGCAGCUCAUCAACCCUGAGAACCAAGUGGUGGAGACCGAUGGAACAAUGAACCUGGACAGCGAUGAAGGCGAAGAGCCUUCCCCUGAAGCUCUGGUCCGUUACCUCUCCAUGAGGAGGCACACAGUGGGAGUGGCCGAUCCUCGGACAGAGGUGCUGGAGGACCUCCAGAAGCUGCUGCCUGGCUUCCCCCGUAUUGCACCGCAGGCCCCCUUCUUGCAGGUGGCUCCCAACAUGAACACGGCCGCCAACAUGCUUCCCAUGCAGCACCUGCAGCCCACAGGCCAGCUGGAGUACAAGGAGCAGUCCUUGCUGCAGCCUCCAACUCUGCAGCUGCUGAAUGGCAUGGGACCGCUUGGGCGACGGGCCUCAGACGGAGGAGCCAACAUCCAGCUGCAUGCCCAACAGCUCCUGAAGCGUCCUCGGGGUCCUUCUCCCCUUGUCACCAUGACACCAGCCGUGCCCGCCGUGACCCCUGUGGAUGAGGAGAGUUCAGAUGGGGAGCCAGAUCAGGAAGCUGUGCAGAGAUACUUGGCCAGUCGGUCAAAAAGGCACACUCUGGCCAUGACCAGCCCCACCGCUGAAAUCCCACCCGACUUGCAGAGGCAGCUGGGACAGCAGCCCUUCCGCUCCCGGGCAGCACACCUGGCACCCGAACAGCACCGCUACAUCUACAAGGACUCCAAUACUCUGCACCUGCCCACGGAGCGCUUCUCUCCCGUCCGCCGUUUCUCCGAUGGGGCAGCCAGCAUCCAGGCAUUCAAGGCCCAGCUGGAGAGGAUGGGCAACCACAGCAGCAUCAAGCAGCUGCAGCAGGAGUGUGAGCAGCUCCAGAAGAUGUACGGGGGGCAUAUGGACGAGAGGACCCUGGAAAAGACGCAGCAGCAGCAUGUCCUGUACCAGCAGGAGCAGCAUCAGCAGAUAUUGCAGCAGCAGCUCCAGGAUUGUGUCCGUCCUGCGCAGCCCUCUCCACCACUGCAGGCUCCAGGAGAAAACCAGCCUGCUCUUCUCACUCACCAGCUGCAGAGGUUAAGGAUCCAGCCAUCCAGCCCGCCUCCGACCCACCCCAGCAACCACCUCUUCAGGCAGACGGACAGCAGCCCCCCGCCCAUCAGCAACAGCCUCCUCCAGAGCCACAGUGCCACCUCGCAGUCCCAGUUCCAGGGGAUGCCCUCCCACGGCACUCUCUUCCAGCAGUCGGGCAGCUGCUCCCCUCCCCCCGCCCUGGCCCUCUCCUGCCUGGGGAUGCCGCAGCAAGCGCAAGGGCAGCCGGUGGCCCUCCAGGUGCAGGAGCAGGGAGAUGUGCUCGCGGGCGGCCUCCUGCAGGCCGGGCAGGGCAUGGUCAUCCCCCCUGGCGCCAGCCAGCUCCAGAUGCACCAUCGUGCCAACCUGAUGGCUUCCCUGGCAUACGGGCACAGACCCCUUUCCAAGCAGCUCAGCACGGACAGUGCCGAAUCACACAGGUAUCCACCCUCUGGCUACGAGCAGCUGCACUUGCAUCCCCACCUGUUUUCGGAGCAGGCACGAAUGUCUACGAGUAACUACAAUCCUGCCCCGGCCGUGGGAUUCCCCCCAACGCAGGCCCUGAAGGUUCCACAGCUGGAGCAGUUCUCGGCCUUCCCCCAGAGCACGCAGCAGCAGCAGCAGCAGCAGCACUAUGCCACCUCCGCCCUGCAGCAGGCGCUGCUCUCCCCGACCCCCCCGGACUACAGCCGGCACCAGCAAGUCCCGCACAUCCUGCGCGGCCUGCUGUCUCCCCGGCACUCCCUCACGGGCCACGCGGACUUGCGGCUGCCUCAGGCGGAGCUGAUGAAGAGGAGGCAGCAGCAGCAGCAGCAGCAGGAGGUUCAGGAGCUGCUGCUGCGACACAUGAGCCAGGGGGAGGCUGCCCACAUGCCCCAGAAACUCUCCGAGCGCCAGUCGCUGUCUUUGCCUUAUCAGAACACUGACACGUACCACCACCCCCACCACCACCAUCAGCACCACCACACCAGCCCCCAGCACCUCUUGAAAGUGAGGGCCCAUGAAUGUCUCCAGCAGGCCCCGCCCUCCGUGCCAGCCCCGGGCUACGCCCCCCCACCCGCCCUGCUCCACUCGGAGAGCAUGGAGGAGGAGGAGGAGGAGGCGGCGGACUGUGUGUGCGAGGGGGACAGGGACGCUUUCCCAGACCAUAAGACCAAAGGCUGCCACGAGCCUUCGCUGCUCUUGGGCAUCGGAGGGCCCGGGGACCCAGAAUCCGUGCUUGGGACUGCUGAGCAGGAGUUGGGGACACACCUGUACGGCCACCACCCAGUUGCCGCCUUCAGUCGGAAUAAGGUGCCCUACAGAGACUCCAUGGUCCCCAGCGGCCUGGAAAGGAGCUCUGCAGGGGAAGUCGUGGAGAUGUCGGUGGUGGACGGGCCAGGCGCCUACCCUGCAAGACUGGCUUCUGGGGCCCCACACAGAUCCCGGCCUCUGCAGAGACACCACACCAUUCAGAACAGCGAGGACGCCUAUGUGCAAUUGGACACACUACCGGGCAUGAGUCUGAUGGCUGGGAAGGCCUUGAGCUCUGCCCGCAUGUCAGAUGCCGUGCUCAGCCAGUCGCCACUCCACGAUGGGGAGAGUGCAGAGUGUGUGGAGAGCUUGGAGGGUGAAGAGCCCCCCAGUCUAGGAGAUGGCAGCCAGCUUUUGAACACCUCUUGCUACCCCUCCACGUGUAUUACUGACGUCCUCCUGAGUUACAAGCACCCGGAGGUGCCCUUCGGGAUGGAGCAGGCUGGGGUCUAGAGAGCAGGCGGGCUACAGUAAGUACUGGGA